GCGCCUAGGCGGAGCCAGAACUGGCUGCCGGUGGCCGGGCUCAGGGCGGAAGCGGCAGCGGCGGCGGCGGCGACAGCUAGGCGCGGGCUCCCGGGAGAAACCUGCCAACUGCCCCCCCCGCGGCAGGUAGGCCCGCCCCCGGGAGGAGGAGCGCGGCCAGGUGCUCCUAAGUGCUCCUAGGUAGCUGCCUCCUCCCUUUCCCGCCGCUUUACUCCGCGGCCUCCAGGGAUCAAGGCAGGACGCACACCGCAAGUCCCCAAGCCGGCCCGGUCGCCUCCUCCGAGGACCCCAGGCUCUACCCUGUCCCGAACGCGGGACCACCCCAGCCCUACGGAAAGAAAGGAGAGGAUCUAGGGGGCGCCGAGACAGAGGGUCUGGCGGCCACAGGAACUACUCAAGCACCGGGCUCCGGCCUGGGAACUGCUGGAACAUGUUCCGGGAGCUGCAGUUUAUUUGACAGUUGCCGGACUAUGUUUACACUCCUGGUGCUACUCAGCCAACUGCCUGUAAUUACCUUCGCGUUUCCUCAUCUCACAAGUCCAGAGGAGUCUAGGCAUGCGGGAGAAGAAGUCUUUAUAUCAAAAGAAGAAGCGAACUGGUUCAUACGUAGACACCUCCUAUAUAAUAGAUUUGAUUUGGAGCUCUUCACUCCUGGUGACCUAGAGAGAGAGUGCAGAGAAGAACUUUGUAAUUAUGAGGAAGCCAGAGAGAUUUUUGUGGAUGAAGAUAAAACGAUGACAUUUUGGCAAGACUACUCCAUUAAAGGACCAAUCACAAUAACAAAUGGUAACAGAGAGAAAAUCGAUGUUAUGGGCCUUCUGACUGGAUUAAUUGCUGCUGGAGUAUUUUUGGUCAUUUUUGGAUUACUUGGCUACUAUCUUUGCAUCACUAAGUGUAACAGACAAGGACAUCCAGGUUCUUCAGCCACCCACAUAAGAAGGGGCAGACACACUCCCUCCAUCAUUUUCAGAAGACCAGAGGAGGCUGUCUUGUCACCAUCGCCACCUUCAGUGGAGGACACAGGGCUACCUUCUUAUGAACAGGCAGUGGCACUGACCAGAAAACACAACGUUUCACCACCACCACCAUAUCCUGGACCAGCAAAAGGGUUUGGGGUAUUUAAAAAAUCUAUGUCACUCCCAUCUCACUAAGCCCACGUUCUUGUCUUGGUGAUAGAGGACAUUUACAUUAUUUAAAUGGUUCAUUUUCCCUGGACCAAAAAAAAAAAAAAAAAACAUGUCACUUCAGCCCUUUAUGACAAACUGUAGAGAGUAAAGGAAGAAUUAGGAUGUGUACUAUACCACUGAAGUUCUGUCAGCCUCUUAGACCUGAACUUGAUCAUUAUCAGCUAGCUAGGGUUUCCUUGCAGUUAAACAGAGAGCAUUUUUUGUUCAUUUUAAUGGUUCAAAAAAAAUCUGUGUUAUGGAUGUCACAGCUAGAACUGGUGAACCAUCUCUUUCCUUUGUACAGAAGAAAGUUGUAUAUUUCUUGUGUUGAAUGUAAAAAAUAAGAAUUUCAAAUUAUUAGAUUAUCUCAAGUCAAUAUUGGACCCACUCUUUUUCAGUAUUUCUUUUUGGUUGGAAACACUUCACAGAAUCUGAUGUUUAAAUAUUAAUUGGGGGCUUUAAUAUAAUCAGUUGGUUUUAUAUUUUAAAUUAUUGCAUAGCAUUCACCACAUUUUAUGCAUUUAGUUAUGAACUCUUGCUAUCAGUCAUGUUUUAUUAUGGGGAGGAAGGCCAAUAGUUUUCUUUAAAAAAAAAAAUGAAGCACUUGCUAAGGAGUCAGUUCUUCAGAGGGUACAGGGUUUUAGUGGCAAGGAUUUUCAAGAGUGGUUAUACUAUCAAAUAAAUUUAGAGGCCUCAAAUCUAGGAGUGACUGGAACUUGAUAAAGUUAUGUGUAUUACUGACAAGUUCCAUGCAUAAAAAGUUGUGUGUUACUGAUGAGUAAGUAACACACAUAACUCAUUUUCACUGCUAAGUUAUCUGUAUGUAACUAUAUAUAAUUAGUAAUCUGGAAAAUUUGUUGAACUUUAUAAAUAAUAGUUUGAGAACAUAGUAAAAGUAACUUACUUUUGUACUAUCAAAAUUAUACUGACUAAAGUUACCAGCAAUACCUUGUAUCUUUUAAUGUCUAUAUUUUGUAUUUUCAUCUAAUCAUAUAUAUGACCAGUCUCUCUUUAAGAAUGUAGUAGAAUAUAAGCUAUAAACCUCUGGAAUGAAUGUAUUGCACACAUUUAUCUGAGUGGGUGUGUAUGUAUGUGUGUAUUUGUUUCCUCUUUGCAGGAGCUCAAAAAAUAGCAUACUCUUAAGGAAUAGAAAAUUUUGUUCUUCAUGGUUUUGCCAGGCAUUUCUUUUUUCUAUUUAAGACCAUUGAUAAAAUUGUGAUUUGUUUUAUAAUUUUUACAGAGGUGAGAUUAAAACCCACAUGCAUUGAUAAUUCCUUCCAAAUCAAAUGUUUAAAAAGUGUAAAUGAUAUUAUACUGUGUGUUUGAGUAUAUCUCUCAAGACAGCCUGAUCUUAAGGUAGAUAAAAGAAAGAUCUUAAUCAUUAUAGACUGCUAAAGAUUUCACCUUUUCUAUUUUCAGAGUCUCUUUGGUUACUUGUGACAAAAGAAAUCAUUGGCAAUCUUUAGACAUAAUUAGGAAAAGUGGUUUUUUUAAAGCUACCCACUUUGCCUAUAAAAAUUUUUACUGUUAGUCAUACCUUGGCUUUAUUUAUUUUUUAUUUUUUUGUCUUUUUGCCUUUUCUAGGGCCGCUCCCGAGGCACAUGGAGGUUCCCAGGCUAGGGGUCUAAU